AUUCGCAAUCACGCCAACUAGCGUUGUGAUCAGCAAAACAUUUGCUAACGGUCAGCCUCUUUCAUCGCACGUUCUGCGGUACGGAUACUUGGUGUACUUCUGCUACUGCUUCACGAGCACGGAGUGAGAUCUUUUGGCCAUUCCGACGAACUCUUGAUUCGCGCCGCUGUUGACCCUCUUACCGCCUCAAUAAUGCUUCGCGUGAGCAGAGCUGCGAUCACUUCCGUAAUCGCUCGCAGUCCAUCGAAAGCAAGAUACGAAGCGAUUUGCUUGCCAUCUCUUAGGUAUUCCCAACAACGAGGUCUUGCGGAUAAGAUUCAGCACAUCGCCACCUUAGAUCGAUCUCAUUUGACACCUUCCGACUAUUUGCAGUUGAGCGGAUUGAGUACAGCCAGGAUUGGAGACCGUCUCUCCCUUGCACCUGGCUGCGAUCUUCCCGUGCCCCCAAGAGCUGAUGCGAAGCAUAAGAAGCCAGUGAAAGACGCUGCAGCGGACAGUGGCCACUUAUCUGCAACCGAAGACAUCACUUAUCAGUGGCAGGAAAUGACAAGCCAAGCUGUCGACAACCCGUUCCCACAGGGUACCACUGGCUUCCUCUAUUAUCAGUCUUCUACAUACCGCCCUGCGCUCUCUGGUGAGAUCCGCUUCCGGCUCGCGACAGACCCCAGCAAGGAGGCAUUCGCUGGUGGUCUCGAUCUUUCCCGGCCCAACACCUUGCCUUGGGGUAUAUCUUUGCUGAACAUCGCCGUGAACCCCCGUCAUCUGAUAUUCCGCCAGCUCCUAUUGCGAGACAAACUAGUCACGGAGGAAUUGAUGGAACGCGCUGCUUCAAUAGCCCCUUCACCUGAAGAAGUGGAAGGACUCAACCUCAUAGACAGUGUCUGCGAUCCGUUCGUUUAUGAUUUCGGUGUACAAGACAACAAGUGCCAUGUAGUUGGGGACGAUGAGAUACUCGAGCUUCAAAUCAAUUCUCUGGGUUUGGAUCAGAGAGGAAGGAAGCGUCGUACUCCCUAUAGCGGACGCGCUGUGCUGCAGUUCAGAUACGCGGGAACCUUGGAGUACCGCGUAAAGCCCUGUUACGGGCUUUGUGUACUGGUGGAACGGCUGCUCGAGCCUAUCAAGUGUGUCAUUCCAUCAUACGACCGAUACCUUCGUAUGCCUGAAGAGGGUCGUUUUCUGCAUCGUGGAGAUUCUUUGAUAUUUUUCAAAGUCAGCAGAGGUAAAAGUGCACAUGCUCGCGCAAUCAAUUUGUUGAACGACCGCGUCUGACUAUUGUGUAACUAAUGUACAUGGAAAUUUUA